AGCCACAUCGGCUCGAGCCAAAGAGUGCGGUGACACCGCCAAACCCUCGCACCAAUGCGGGCGGUGUCAUGUCUUCUACUGUCAGGAUCGGUCGCUGCUGAGCUGACCUUCCAGGUCAGCCACAGCUACACGAAGACGGAAGCGAAGGUGGUUUGGACACCCUUGCAAAGCCACCCCAAGGGCCAUUCUGGUGCUCCCAGCUUCCGCCAGAGCUUGGAUGUUGAGGAGGAUGGGGAUUUGCGGAUCCUCCACAUCACGGACAGCCACGUCUCGCGCUUCGACGAAGAUCCGCCGCACACGCACCGCAUGUUCGAUGCGAUGAAAAGCAUUGAGGACAUGGAGACACACCAGCAGAAGAGGCCUUGCGAUCAGCUGGUCUCGCUGUUCCAGAAAGCCAAAGAAUUGAAAGUUGACUUGAUUGCGCUGGGUGGAGACAUCAUCAACUAUCCCUCAGAGACGGAAGUCGCUUGGGUCUUGCAGCAGCUGCAGGAUGCCGCUGGUGGCAUCCCCUUCCUGUACACUGCUGGCAACCAUGAUUGGCAUUUGGAGUUCGUCAAGGAGCCCAGGUACGACAGCAGCCGCAUUCCACGGCUGACCAGCACCUUGAAGCCUUUCUUCGACCAUGCCAGUGGAACGUCCUAUGAGGGGAUGUUUGGCCAACAUCGGGUGAAAGGCGUCGAUAUCCUGUGGAUUGACAACUCGAACUACCAGAUCACUCCGGAGCAACUGGCCUUCGCCGAAAAGCAGCUGAGCCAAUCAGCCCAGGCCGGGCCGGUGGUGCUCAUGCUGCACAUCCCGCUAGCCUUGCCAGGCGUCGAUCUGCCUCCCAAGGAGGUGUGUGGUCACCGCUCCUGGGGCCUCAUGACGGAUGAACUGGCGUCGGUGGAGGGACGCGCGAAAUGGCCGGCCAAGAAUGAGCCGUCCACCAACGCCUUCCUAGAGUUGGUGCAGAAGCACUCAGCGCCUCAUGGACGCAUCACUGCGCUGCUGACCGGCCACGUGCACCAGGACUUUACCACCGGGCUCCCACCACCAAAGGUGAGUUUAGCAGUCCUGUCCUGCAACCCGCGGGAUGAGAACGACGCACAGUGUCGAACCGGAAGCUUCUUCCCGAGGCAUCAGGCGCAGCUCUUGCAGAAUCACGCUGAGACGCCCAGCUAUGCAAAGGGCGCCGUGCAGUACAACACCUUGGAUGCUGCCGAGGGCGGUUACCGCCUUGUGACUCUCACUCGUGGCCAGUGAUCCUGAGAGUCACGGAUGCCGGCCGCGGUGAUCCAUUGAAGCUAAAGCAACAUCUACCAGGAC